UCUGCCGUCGUCGCCGUCUCGUUCGCCGUCUCCCGGUCACCGGUGCGCACACCACGUGGACCACCAGUUCUCCGCGCGUUCUUGUGCCGGCACGUAGUGAUUGUCGCGCGCACCGCGUCGCUGUCGCAUAUUUUGUGUGACCGAUUGCCGACGGUUCGCGCCCGCGGUGUUCUCGGCCGCGACGUACGCGGAAACCUGUCGUGGGGCAAAUAUACUGCUGUGCGUAUUUUGGAUAUUUUGUUUAACCAUCGUUCUAUUCCAGUCGUUGAUCGCACGACGAGAGAAAAACCAAACGUACCCAUAUGGUGGCCGUAUUAUACCUCGGGUAUAAUUUCGUAAUAAUGGACCGUUGCGACCGUAGAUGGUUUUGUACUUAGCUCGUCGAAUACGGAACAAGGACGAAAAGAAUCACAGAUGGGGUUCAUCACUGUUAUUAUUGUGCUGUAUUGCUUGUCAAGUGCUGCGGGUCACUUGAAUGUGUUUAUAAGUCAAAAAGAAGUUAAAAGGAUUAUGGGGCUAUCUUCUGAAUUGUUCUACGUGCGAGAUGGAGUAGUAAAUACGUACGCAAUGAAUUUUGAAGUACCGGUUCCAGCGAAAAUAAGUGAACUUGAGUUUUGCUGGCAGUCAUUGACUCGACAUUCGCUGCCGUACACAUGGAACAUAGAAUCCAAUAACGGUAUUGCGUUGAAGAAACCGGAACUGGACAUUCCUGAGUCGGGGUGGGUGCCAUCUCAUGUCCAGGUGUUCCGGCUUAAAUUACAUUGCACUGGGGUAGUGAAUGCCGAAGUACGUGUGUUGCUCACCCUAAAUAUUACCGCUGUCAAUCGUAAACACGGUGACGUGUCGUUGGUAUUCCGGCGGAAUAAGAUAUGCUUGAAGACCACGGAUAUGCUCUUGGAUUCAAUAAUUGGCAAGGAUAAUAAUGCGCUGGAGACGAACCGGAUAGACGGGCCUAUGGGGCAACAACAGCAUGCGCAGCCGGCGCCACCCCCGCAACGUACCAAACCUGAUGACGGCAACAACGCCCUAGUGUUGCGGUCGCACGAGAUGUCUUCGGCGGCCGUAGGCCCGACCGCGACCACGGCUAGUGUAGCGAAGUCAAUGGCGGACGCCGCGGCGGUAACAGUGACCGCCGUCAUCGCUACUGGUGACGCCGAUACCGCGUCAACAUCGUCGAAGCGAGGCGACGCCCCUGAAGAAUUGGUGCCCGCACACGGCGCGUUCUUUUUCGCGCUCGGUUGCGGAUCUGCACUCAUCGUCACGUUGGUGGCCGUGACGUCCGCAUUGGCUUACAAACGCACCAAUAAGUCACUGCUGCGAUCCAAGUCCAAAGAAUCGUUGCACACGAGUUACACAAGUGCCGCUUACGUGGCCAACCCUAACGUGUUGGUACGCGUCGGCUCGGUGACCAGCACCAACGGCAGUACGUACGCGACAAUCAGAAGCGUGCGGAAGACGGGACCGACGACGGACAUUGUCGAUGACGUUCGCUGUGGCAGUAGCAGCCACGUGUCACCCUACGCCACCAGUUACGUAGCGGCGGCCACCGGAAGCGAUAAUUAUCACGUCUACUCGAAACCCGCGUCGCCCACGGCCUCCAAGAUAUCGUAUUACGCUUGCACGCCGCUGAUGGCCGUUAACGAUCGGAGAAUGUGUGAUGACUUAGAUGACCGUAUACGCAUGCUGGAUUCUCGUGGCGCUCCCGUUAAGUUGGAAAGGCUAUACCAAGAGGGUGCCUUUAGUAAAGUGUAUCAAGGCGUAUACAAGAAAAACGGCGGUGGAUCUCAAGAAGUGCUUGUCAAAACUGUAACGGUCGAUGCUGCAUCUCAACAAAUUAAAAUGUUUCUGACUGAAAGCCUAAUGUUACACGGUGUUCCGAAGCAUGUAAACAUCUUGCUGCCAAUAGCUGUAUGCCAGUACUCGAAUAAACCACCAAUGGUAUUAUUUCCAUUUAGUAACAAAGGGAAUCUUAAAAAGUUUCUCUGCGAUUGCAAAAAGAAAAAUAACGACUACUACAACUUGACUACGCAAGAUAUUGUCAACAUGGCCGUACAACUUAGUCUCGGCAGUGUAUUCCUUCACAGCCAAGGAAUUUGCCAUAAGGACAUAGCUGCCAGGAAUUGUGUGGUGGACGAAAAGUUGCGGGUCAAGCUGGCUGAUAGCGGAUUGUCCAGAGACCUGUUCCCUGACGAUUAUUCUUGUCUAAAUGACAAUGAAAACCGACCUAUCAAGUGGAUGGCACUAGAAAGUAUUACUUUACGCACCUACAACGGUGCUUCGGAUAUGUGGUCAUUUGGUGUUUUGCUUUGGGAACUGGUAUGUUUAGGUGCUCAACCUUACGCAGAAAUCGAUCCGUAUGACCUGAGUCUUUACCUGCAAGAAGGAUACAGACUCUCACAACCAAUCAACUGCCCAGACGACUUAUUUGGGAUGAUGACUUGCUGUUGGUUACCUAAUCCAGAAGAAAGGCCAUCGUCCGCUCAAGUAUUGGCAUGUUUACAAGACUUCCAAAAAACACUUAACCAAUUUAUUUAAACGAUACUUUCCUUUAUUAAUACAACCUAUUAUAAUUAUUAUUAUUUUAUAUUUUGUUAAACAUGUUAUGGUAAAUUAAGUUACUUACGAAAUACGGUUAUAGGUGCUAUGUAUGUAAGCGUUGAAUAUUAUUUUGAAUGAUUUAUUUUCUACAGAUAACAAUCAAAAAUUUUAAUUCAUCGGAACAUUUGUGGUAGAAAAUAUUAUUGCCAUUUAUUAUAUAUUCAUGAAAAUCAACUCCAUUACUUAAACUUUAAGUACAUUUAUACGUAAUUAUUAUAUUAUAUUAUCUU